GAGCCUCUGUUGAUCGUCCGCUGAUUUUCGAACUCGAAUCGAUUUAAAAAGUGCAGUUUCGCAACGCUACGUCAGAACUCAGAAGCAGAAGAAGAAGAAAAAAAGAAAUCGUCUCCGCACAUCUGCCGCACGAGGCGUAAAUCAUCCUCGCGUUGGACCAAAAAUAGCGCCGUCAGAGUCGACAGGAGAAGACACGACAGUCGACGUGAAGAAUAAGAAGAAGAAAGAGUCGGAAAAUAAGGGAUCGUCAAUUAUCGGGAAAAAAGAAAGGCUGCACACCGGCGAAGACAAUUAGCGAUAACAACACACACACACACACACGCGGCCAAAGUAGCCGCCGAAGGUGGAGAGACAUGUGAGCACCGAGUGAGGUGCCGCCCCGGAGGAUAAUGAUUACAGAACAGACCUGGAGCAUGAUGCUGGACAGCGAUGUGGCCGGCAUUAACGAGUUGGCCAUUUCGCCAAGGAAGCAGCUAUGGAUCAAAGCGGUGAAGAAGCUGACCUCGGAGCGGCUGGGCCGCGAAAGCCUGGCCGCUUGGGAGGAGGGCAAACCCAGCAUGGGCAUCGAGGAAGAGGCCCAGGAGAUGGACGAAAGAACCAAGAAGUCGUCCGAUGCCUCUAACGACACCGACGUUGUUUUUCCCGGCAAUGAACAGACCGACACCGAUAAGGAGGAUGUGUUCAAGAAAGGCGUGAAGUACAAAGGGAUAUUCUGCCCGUCGCUGACGAACAGCUUCCACAACAAGCAGCUGGAAAAUUCCUAUCUGCAGUACUCGAGUCGACAGCGGCAGAAGUCGUUGAUUAUGCUCAACAUAAUCGAUUUGGGAUUGAAGAUCUGCCUGAUGACGAUCUGGCUGUGGCGUCGUAACGAGCAAAGCGGUGGCCUGGUCGAGUCCCUGGCCUGGUCGACCUGCAGCGUUCUCUCGAACGUCGUCGUUUGCGCACUCGGCUGGUGGCGAUGCUUCUCCAACAACUAUCUCUACUGGGCCUCCAUAUUCACUUGGCUCCUCAUCAACUCUCAGGGUUUUAUAGUGGCCGGUCUGAACUUCCUGACGCAGCAGCGGCUCAUGUGGUACAUACUGUUCGUCGUGUACGCGCCUUACGCUAUGCUACCCCUGCCGCUUAGGUGGUGCGUUCUUGCCGGUUUCGGGACUGCGUUCACCCACCUGUUGAUCGCCGUCAUCACCUUGCUCAACGACGAUCGGCAUCACGAGGAUCUAGGCUGCGUCUCGCGAAUGGUGGCAGCCAACAUCCUGCUGUGCAUCGCGGUAAAUCUGGCGGGAAUGUACACCAAGUACCUUACCGAUCGAGGCCAGCGUCAGGCUUUCCUCGAGACGCAUCGAUCUAUGGAGACUCGGCAGAGAACGCAAAACGAGAACAAUCGUCAGGAGAAGCUUCUACUGUCAGUUUUACCGGACUUUGUGGCCAAGGAGAUGAUACGAGACAUCGCGCGGGAAACAGCGCGAGGUGGGCCGAUAUCUUUCACUCCGAAUCAGUUUCACAGGAUAUACAUUCACCGUUACGAAAAUGUCAGUAUACUCUUCGCCGAUAUCAAAGGCUUCACAGCACUGGCCAGUCAGUGCAGUGCCCAGGAGCUGGUGAAAGUUCUGAACGACCUGUUCGCCCGUUUCGAUAAGCUAUCGGCGGAAAACCAUUGCCUCCGCAUCAAGCUUCUCGGCGACUGUUAUUACUGCAUUUGCGGCCUCCCGGUCGCUCGUUCGGAUCACGCACACUGCUGCGUCGAGAUGGGACUACACAUGAUCAAGGCCAUCCGGGACGUGCGUUACACGACCAAAGUCGAUCUCAACAUGCGCAUCGGUAUACACAGUGGAUCGGUUCUCUGCGGAGUUCUGGGCCUGAGGAAGUGGCAGUUCGACGUGUGGAGCUACGAUGUCACCCUGGCGAACCAUCUCGAGAGCGGUGGUAUUCCUGGGCGAGUCCACAUCUCGGCAGACACGCUCAAGUGUCUGAAUGACGUGUACGAAGUGGAGCCGGGCAACGGCACCGAGCGCGACAACUACCUCAAGGACCGGGACGUCGUGACUUAUCUGAUCAAGCAAGUGGAGCCUCUUCGCUCGCGUCGUCGAUACUCGUCCAGACCGAAGAUUUGGCCAGAAGGUGAACACCCUGAUAACCCGGCCAAUCGCACCAGAAAGAGCUUCAAGAUGGGAAACUCUCUGACCACCGGUGGUAAUCCUGCCACCGCGAAUUCUGGUACUCAAGGCGGUGCCAACGCCAGUACCAACGCCAACGAGGACGAUAUCGGGGUCGACUGGACGCCCGAGAUUCCGUUCGAGAACCUGAACAGCGCAACGUCGGUGAGUAACCUGGAAUCGGACUACCUGGAGGACGAUGCGGGUUCGGCCAAGAGCGAGCAGGUGACUCGAGGCUCCGGCAACGAGAAGACGACCAAAGGUGGCAUUGAGUCCGUCAGCAACAAGCGUAUGCGACUAGCCAACAUCAAUCCGUGGACGCUCCGGUACAACGACGAGAGCCUCGAAUCCAAGUUCCGUCAGCUACGCGAGGACAUGUUCAAGUCCAACAUGAUCUGCUGCUUCGUCAUCUGGCUCUUCAUCGCCGUCUGCCAAGCGAUUAUUCUACCCGACUGUACAGUGCUAUUGGUGGCGCUGAGCAUGACGACGUUGCUGCUGAUCGCCUCGUCGAUCCUCGUGAUGGCCGACGAGUUUAAGGGUCUGCCGACCUUUCUGCAACACUCAUCGUCGAUGCUCGUGCACAACAAGCAGCACCGAACCUUCUUCAUCUGCGGCGUUAUCAGUCUCAUGGCUCUUACCUCCGUCAUCGGCGCGAUUGCUUGUCCUGUGAUGCAUACGGAACCGCUGGCCUUCCAGCAACAAGAGGCACCACCGGCUUCGUCACCGGCACCGUCGAUUCCACCGGACGAUGCGGCUCCGGCACCAAGUGCCAGAGGACUGGACAGGCUAAUACUGAGUUUCCUCGAGGCUGCGCUGCGGGACGAUGCCGACGUUGACGCGUCCGACGAAGUGGCCAACGAUACCGAGAGAAGGACAUCCGAGGGCCUCGAGAGGCCAAGGAGGCACAGGGAGUUUUUCAGGUUUUACGGCUUCGAGCGUCACUACGGCAGCGAGCCACCUCGCACGCGUCACCAUCACGGGCGUAACCAGCGCAAGCGUCACCCUCACAAUCAUCAGGAGUCGAUCCGUCGAACGAGAUCCACAGUCGAUCAGAUAACGAGACAGAACGACCAGCUCGCGAUCGACGCUUCUCCUCAGCCACUGCCGCCGUUGCCGACCGACAGGAAGAUCCUCGAGGAGGUCCAGUGUCUCAGACCCGAGUACAUCGUCUUCACUUGGAUUCUGUGUCUCAUAGCUCUGGCCUCGGCUUUGAAGCUGUAUUACCUUGUGAAGACUGCACUGGCGAUUGUUGUCGUGACGAUCUACGCGAUUAUGAUUCUCGUUGUGGCCAAGGAUAGGUUCUCGAACAGAGUGGACGAGGAUCAGGACGAAAUGUCAAUACCGCUGUCGGCGCAGAUGCUGAUCUUCCUCGUGAUAUUCCUGGUGAUGGUGACGUAUCACGGCCGGCUGGUGGAAGUCACCUCGAGACUGGAUUUCCUGUGGAAACAGCAGGCCGAGCGCGAGCUUUCCGACAUGAUCGAGUCCAGGCACAACAAUAUGCAGCUGCUGAAAAAUAUACUACCGGAUCACGUGGCGCAUCACUUUUUGACGCAGGAGAGACCGUCCGAGGAGCUGUAUUCUCAAUCGCGCGAUAAAGUAGGCGUGAUGUUCGCCAGCGUGCCGAACUUCACCGAGUUUUACUCCGAAGACGUCAACAAGGGCAUGGAGUGCAUUCGUCUGCUGAACGAGAUCAUCGCCGAUUUCGAUGAGCUGCUGGACGAGAGGCGCUUCCACUGCAUCGAGAAAAUCAAAACCGUAGGAGCUACCUACAUGGCAGCCUCCGGAUUGAAUCCUUCCAGAAACCUGAAAGACACCGACGACAUGGAACACGUCUGCCGCCUUGUGGACUACGCAGUGGCUAUGCGUCAGCGACUCGAGGACGUGAACGUGCACUCGUUCAACAACUUUGACCUGCGUGUGGGCAUCAGCUGUGGUCCUCUUGUUGGAGGUGUCAUCGGUGCCAGAAAACCGGUCUUUGACAUCUGGGGCAACACCGUAAACGAGGCCUCGCGCAUGGACUCCACUGGCGUCAUGGGCAAGAUUCAGGUGCCCUCUGAGAUCGCAAGGUUCCUGGAGACUCGUGGCUACAAGACGCAGAAACGCGGCCUGAUCGAGGUCAAGGGCAAAGGCACCAUGGAGACUUACUUUGUACUGGGCAAAGGUACUCUGCGCACCGAAGGGACGUAUCGUGAUCGCAGCGCCUGUCGCAGCCUCGCAGCUGUCGUCUACGGGGUCGUCCAAGCUCGGCGCAAGCACAUGCGCAAGUGACUUGCUCAAGGUAUUCCAGUUUUGUUGUAGUUUUUUAUAAUAUCCUUUGGAUUUUGCUUUUGAGAAGGCAUUAUUAAUGAAGUGAAUGAACGUUGUAUUUUUAGUUUUUAGCAUUUAGUACUAUUUGACGAAAAAUUCGAAAUUUUUUUUUAUUGCCUUACAUUCGUUUUAAUUUCUAUAUAUGGAGCCUCUAUUUUUUGCAUUUUUGAAAACAACUACAUACUUAUUACAGUAUUAUGAUAUUAUGGUAGCCCUAAAAUACAUAAAAAGAAGUUAACACAGUAAUCGCAUUAAAAUUUGAAUACACAUUGCGUAUAGAUAAUUUUAACGAAUGUUAUUCUUCGAUGUGCGAAGCAAUCGUUGUUAAAUCAAAAAACUUUUGUAAUCUAAUGCAGUAGCGUUAGUGUAUAAUAAAUAUGUAUCGAAUAUUUGAAGGUUAAAUAUAUUGAAAAUUAUAAUACGGCACAUACGUGCCUGUGCAUAUAGGAACUAAAGUUGUGUAAGUUUGAUAAAGUCUAAUGUCAAUGUAAGAGCAGAGCUGUGACAAUCAAUGUUUCAUGUUAUAGAAAUUUAAUUUUGCGUAUUUUUAUGACUAAAAUAUGUAAACUUUUUAUUUUACGUUAUUUCAUUUUUAAACAUAGUAUUUACACAACCAUGUUUAAAAUAAGUCGUACGAUGUAUGUAGAGUAAAUUAAAAGCUAUAAGGAUUUACCGUGUACUAUCACGUAAAUGAGGUGAAUGUAAAAAUAUGCUGCAGGCAGCUGAAACAUACUGUGAAUUUAUUCUUUCUUUGUCUUCUUAUAGUAAAGCAUUGUUAUAUUUAAUGAA